AUGCUGGCAUACACAGCACAAGCUGGCGACCAUGACCGCCUCGGCAUCAUAGAACGGUUCAAUAGAACAAUAAAGACCUUCCUGGCACGAUACUUUACUGCGACGGGACAGAAGGCAUACGUCAACGCUCUACCGCAGUUCACAGAGAACUACAACAAUCAGGUGCAUAGCGUUCUCGGCAAAGCACCCGCUAGGAUCAAGGAUGGUGACAUACCGGAUAGCUUGGAGCAGAACGUUAAGGCACUUGAUGAUCUAGAAGGGUUCAACAUUGGAGACGACCUUAGGAUCAAGGAAGAUCGCAAUGUAUUCAAGAAAGGUUACAGUCAACAGUUCAGCAAACUAAUCUACAUUAUUGGUGGUCGAAACGGGUAUGGGUACAAAUUGUUUGAUACAAAAGGGGUUCCUCAGAAGCGAAUGUACAAAGCCCGAGACUUGUUGAAGAUCAAUGAUGUCCAAAAAGCACCCAGAGGAGACAGAGAAAUCGCCAGGCUCCAAGGUGUGGACGUUGUCCUUCCAGAGCCUGGCCAGAAAAGGAAACGGAAGCCGAAGAAGAUUUUUGGAGAGUGA